AUGACGGCCAUCGGGGCGCUCCUGCUCUGCUCCUGCCUGGGGCUGCUGCGGCCGGGCGCCGGGCAGCCCUUCCUGCGGCUGCGGCCCUCGCCCAGCGACAACCUGCCGGUGAAGGACAUCGUGGAGCACCCGGACCCCGAGUACGACCCCAAGGAGCAGGACCUGGACGAGCGGACUCUGCGCAAGAAGCUGGGCAGCCAUUUCGACCCCGGCUUCAUGGCCGUGGCCGUGCCGGGCCCCGCCAACGCCUCCGCGGGCGCCGAGGCGGCGGCGGGGCGGGCGCGGGCGGCGGAGCUGCGGCGGUUGGAGCGGGGCGGGCCGCGGCUGCGGGUGGGCAAGAAGGCGCGGCGGAAGGUGCUGCAGUGGCUCUGGGCGUACACCUACUGCCCCGUGCUCUACACCUGGAAGGACCUGGGCGUCCGCUUCUGGCCGCGCUACAUCAAGGAGGGCAACUGCUUCGCCGAGAAGUCCUGCUCGCUGCCCGAGGGCAUGUUCUGCAAGCCCGUCAAGUCGGUCACCAAGACGUUCCUGCGCUGGCACUGCCAGGGCUGGUCCAGCCAGAAGUACUGCACCUGGAUCCCCGUGCAGUACCCGCUCAUCUCCGAGUGCAAGUGCUCCUGCUAGCACGGCCCCGCGCCGCCCCGGGCCUCGCGCCGCUCUCUUUGCUCGUCGGCAUCUUCCGAGGGGGGGUUCGUCCGCCCUCCCCCUCGGGGCGAGCGCGGGGCGCGAUGGGGGGGGCCGGGGGGAGGAACCGGGUCUGACUUAUUUUAAUGUUAUUUUAUUUGAGAGGGGGAGAAGCGAACCCAGGAACUGCAGGGCAGGCCAAAGGCACAGUAAAGCACUACAAUCAGAUGUCUAUUUUUAUACGUAUAUAGCCUUCUAACGAAAGGAAAAUAAAGUAAUAAUAAUAAAAAACCUAAAAAAAAAAAUAAAAAAAAAAAUCCC